GGCCCCAGGUUGGCUGGUCUUGCCGGGAGCAGCCAGGGGCGGACGAGAUGGCGGUGGCAGCUGUGAGCGUCGCCAAGCGGAGCCUGAGGGCCGAGCUGAAGCAGCGUCUGCGGGCCUUGAGCGCUGAGGAGCGGCUGCGCCAGUCCCGUCUCCUGACCCAGAAGGUGAUUGCCCACAGGCAGUAUCAAAAUUCCAAAAGAAUUUCCAUCUUUCUGAGCAUGCAAGAUGAAAUUGAGACAGAAGAGAUCAUCAAGGACAUUUUCCAACAAGGCAAAACCUGCUUCAUUCCUCAGUACCAAUUCCAGAGUAAUCACAUGGAUAUGGUGAAAUUAGCAUCACCUGAAGAAAUUUCUUUACUUCCCAAAACGUCCUGGAAUAUUCAUCAGCCUGCUGAGGGAGAUGUUCGGGAGGAGGCCUUAUCAACGGGAGGACUUGAUCUCAUCUUCAUACCAGGUCUUGGGUUUGACAAAGAUGGCAACCGGCUGGGCAGGGGCAGGGGCUACUAUGAUGCCUACCUGAAGCGCUGUCUUCAGCAUCAGGAAGUGAAGCCGUACAUCAUGGCCUUGGCCUUCAAAGAGCAGAUCUGCCUCCAGGUCCCAGUGGAUGAGCAUGACAUGAAGGUAGAUGAAGUCCUUUAUGAAGACUCCUCAGCAUCUUGAGUCAGAUGAUUACAGAAAAUCAGUGUUUUGUACCAAAGUAAAGAAAAUAUAUGUAUAUUCCCUUGUCAAAAAUUAGUUAAAGUGGCACAGGAAGGUGACUAUAGACUGCAUUUUUUUUUAGUGUAAGUAUGAAAUACCUAACAUAAAACUAUCUUUAGAACUCAAUAAAAGUUUGAAUACUAGAGUAUUAAUUAAAAUGGAGGCUGUCAGUAUAUGAUUUUCUGCUUAGCUUUUUGGUGUUAACCUGGUAAGUUUAAGUUAACUAUUUAUGAGGAACUGUGCUCUGAUGCCGAAUGUGAGAGGAAGGCAAACACACUGGGGGUGGAUGCUGUAUUUCACUGUAUCCUGUCACGGGCUUGGUCAGUCUCUG